AUGGCUCUCACCGAAAGGAUCCCAUCAUAUGGAGGACAAACAGAAAGGACAUCCCAGCCUCGUAUAUCAAGUGUCAAAAGCGAUGGCCCGGACUUGCCAUUCGAGCGCCUCUCGACUCGGCUCUCGAACAUCCCAGAAAACUUCGCCCAGCACGAUGCUUCAGACUAUCUCUCUGAGAUUCAAGACUUGGUAUACAGGACCUACAUGCACUCCGGCGCCCCUUCCUUUUCCAACUACAGCCUGAACGGCGGCUCAGCUUCAAAGAAAUCGCGGCAACGAUCUACCUGCACACGAUUCUCCUCUAGCCAAGGCAGACUUCAGAAUGUCGUCCUCGACCAGUCGACCUUUACCGAAAACCUGAUCAAACGCCUUUCACUCACCCGCCGGCUCUCCUCAACCAUCCCAAACACCCUGCCUCCAGCGAUUGAGACCUACUUCGAAAUCAACACGAUUCUGAUCAGAAAGUCUGCAGCUCUUCUCCCGUCAAUGGCAUUCAGUGUCUCCGACCAGCUCCAUCCCCUCCUAGCACUAAACAUUCGACAUCUCGAACUUCAUGUCAAGAUAUCCUUCCGGCCCAUAUACGGCAGUCUGCGACAAAAUCACCGCUUUGAAGCCAAAACAGAGCACAUCUCUCAUUGCUCUGUCCACCUUCCCUCCAUCGUCGACCAACUUCCACGACUCAGAACAUUAGUCCUCGUCCUCGACAGCCUAUUUGACCUACCGCCUCGGCCGAGCGACUACCAGCGAUUUCUGCGAACACACCAUUACCAUGCAGGUGCUUCCAGAGAAGAGAACAUCAGAGACUCAGAUCUGGAGGAUCAGAUGGGGCUAGUAAUUGUGCCUGGCCUGCGGCGGCUUGCGACUGAGACAAAGAGGCUGUCUCGGGUGGCGGUGAGGCACCACCCCGGUACCAGUCUCAGGGGAGAACCGGAAGUGGUAAAUGGUGUAAAUUCUACAGACGAGGCGAUUGCGAGUGCAGUUUUGGCGCAGCAUGGGAGGGAGGUGGUGUUGAAGGGAUGGUUGUGA